UUGACAGGACGAAGUGAGGCAGAGCCCGCAGUCCAGCCCCAGCCCUCAUUCAGGCACAGACUCCCCCAGCCCCAUCUCCUGCUCUCCCUUUUGGACGUUUUGGUCGGUGUUGAAGCACAGCAAAUAAGCAGCCAUGGAUGCCAUCAAGAAGAAGAUGCAGAUGCUCAAGCUCGACAAGGAGAAUGCCUUGGACAGAGCUGAGCAGGCCGAGUCAGACAAGAAAGCAGCGGAGGAUAGAAGCAAACAGUUAGAGGACGAAAUGAGAGAAUUGGAAAAGAAAUUGCGUGUUACAGAGGAUGAAAGAGAUAAAGUUUUUGAGGAGUUCCAAACUGCUGAGGAAAAACUGUUGGCUGCUGAAGAGACCGCUACCAAGCUUGAGGACGACUUGGUGGCUCUGCAGAAGAAGCUGAAGGGAACUGAGGAUGAGCUGGACAAGUACUCCGAGGCUCUUAAAGAUGCCCAGGAGAAGCUUGAGUUGGCUGAGAAGAAAGCCACCGAUGCUGAGGGCGAUGUCGCUUCCCUUAACAGACGUAUCCAGCUGGUUGAGGAGGAGUUGGAUCGUGCUCAGGAGCGUCUGGCCACAGCCUUGCAGAAGCUGGAGGAGGCUGAGAAGGCUGCAGAUGAGAGCGAGAGAGGUAUGAAGGUCAUUGAGAACAGGGCCAUGAAGGAUGAGGAGAAGAUGGAGAUCCAGGAGAUCCAGCUGAAAGAGGCCAAACACAUUGCUGAGGAGGCAGAUCGCAAAUAUGAGGAGGUUGCUCGUAAACUGGUCAUCAUUGAGGGUGACCUGGAACGUACAGAGGAGCGCGCUGAGCUGUCAGAAAGCAAAUGCUCUGAGCUUGAGGAAGAGUUGAAAACUGUGACCAACAACCUGAAGUCACUGGAGGCCCAGGCAGAGAAGUACUCACAGAAGGAAGACAAGUAUGAGGAAGAGAUCAAGGUCCUCACUGACAAACUCAAGGAGGCUGAGACUCGUGCUGAGUUCGCUGAGAGAUCAGUAGCCAAGCUUGAGAAGACCAUUGAUGACUUGGAAGAGAAACUGUCACAAGCUAAAGAAGAAAACCUGGAUAUGCACCAGAUGCUGGACCAGACUCUAAUGGAACUGAAUAACUUGUGAACGCACAGUCUUGAACCCAUUCUUCACACACACACACAAACACACAUAGUGGUUUUGCUUUUUGUAUUUGCACCUUGCUUACCAGAAACCCCUCUUUUUAUUCCUCUCCAAUGAUGGUGAACAAACAGCCAGUUGCUAUUUUUAUUGCACAGUCCUGCCUUCAGUGGAUCUCAACCUCGGAGCCACGAUAAGGAGAUGCAAUGCAUAGCCAUACCCUGUUUUUAAUUAUAAAACAUAUAUCAUUUUACCUCUGCCUUUUUCAGUCAUUGCAAUAUGUAUUUCUUGUAGAUUUUUUUAACAUUUCAUCUGCUGAAAUAACAUGUAAAAUUGGUGAUGAAAUUGUUUUCUACAUCUGCAAUAAAUCUGAUCUGGAUUUUAGUUUAAUUGUGCACAUACCAAAAAAUGAAGUCGAAACCUUUUGCACUUAGUCAAACUUGAUAUAAUGCAUAUUAUACACUUUUUUUUCCCACACAAGUAUAACUGUACACAGGCUUAGCCUGUAUGUAUGUAUACUGGUGCUACUGUAUUGUUGUUUCCAUUGUGCAUUACAGUAUUUGGAAACUUGAUGUUCUCCAUGGUUAAAAUUAUUUUUUUCUUUUAUAAUUCCAGUCUUCUGGCUGUGCAUCAUUUUAGAUUUAUUUUUAAAGCAGAAGUUUAAAGUGUGCAACUUAUCUGAAAUGUUUAAAUUGAUUAAAAAAUAAAACCACGUUUUGAAAGUUUUCAAA